GUUGAAAGGCCUACUAAACACUGUCUCCGAAAAUAGUGCGGCUUACAACAAGUCGCCAUAGAAAACAAUGUGCGGCACCGAAUAUGUUGGACUCCAAGUUGUGCUAUUCAGUCCUCCUGCAAUGCAUCCUCGCAUUCGUCGCCAGCGUGUGAGCUCUGUUCGCGGCAAGUAUAUCACGGAGAGAUGACCAUCAUGGAUGAACGACUCUGCAUGUGAAGAUUUGAGUUUGGCCGCGCAUGGCUGUGAUGGUCAUGCCCAAUCAGCGCCUACAGCUUGCGCCACCUCUUGUGAUCAAUGUGCAGAUGCUGCGCCACCUCGAACUGCCGUUUAUGAUGUAGCAUGAUCACGUCUCCGGGAUUUCGAUUUGGUACAGUUCCCUUAUGCAGCUUUGCCUCUCACAAAGUAUGGUUCUCGAUGCAUGAACAAUACGACAUCUUGCCCGGCGUACAAUGUCUGGUGUAGAGUUUGCAGCAUCCGUGGCGGGCCUUGCCUCGCUCGGCAUACAGGUCUGUCAAGGACUUCUGGCGUAUUAUGAUGGCUUCAAGGACUACCAUGCCGAUAUUAGCAGCACUUACCGUAACAUUGCUUCAAUGAACGAUGUCUUCGCAUCGCUGAAAUCUUUGCUGGAAGACACAAGCCUAUCCUCCAAAAAUCGAGCUCACGUCCAAUCGGGGAUCCUGGCGUGCGAGGCUACAUUGCACAAAGUCCAUGGAAAGUUGAAGAAGCUUCGUACUCACGAUGAACCUUCUGGUGCCAAGCAGAAGGCAUGGGCAGAUUUGCAGCGGUUAUUUUAUCCUUUUCGUGCGAGCACUUUGGCAAAGCUCAAGGAGCUUAUGGAAGAGCUUCGAGGAAAUCUGUCCAUGGCUAUCCACGUACUUCAGCUCGACGUCGCCGUGAUAACCUCGCAUAAGUUGGACGACCUCUUCAUUCAAGGUCAAGGCAUCUCCAAGAAAUUGGGAUCCAUUGAAGCCCAGGGCAAUGCCGCCGAUCACAAACUCGAUACGAUUGCUACUAGCCACCGGGACUAUCAAAAACGCAUGAUUCUGCGUGCGGAUGCACAUGCCGCAGAGAAUAGGCGCAGAUGGGACGCUCUGACGCACCAAGUGAACAGCAAUUCGGAACAGAUGGGGCAUAUACAAUUUCGCGACAUCAUUCUGUGGCUUUCAAGGGCUAAUAUGUCCAGCAGCCAUGAUGCUGCUACAUCGAAACACGUACAUGGUACCGGCCAAUGGCUAUUGGAUCUGAGCGAGUACAAACUUUGGAAAUCAUCAGAAGAAACUGUUCUUUGGCUCAGCGGUAAAGCCGGCUGUGGAAAAACGAUCCUCUGUUCGACCGUAAUUGACGAAUUGACGUCAACAUUAUGCGUGGGGCAAGGCGAUGAGAUACGGCUGGCAUACUACUAUUUCUCAUUUAACAAUCCGGAGUACCAUGGUCUGCAAUCGUUCCUCGCAUCUAUCGCAGCUCAAGUCUGCCAUCUUGCACCAGUAUCCACUAGAGCAAGGUCGAUGUAUGCGUCUCAACAAGGUAGCAUCGGAAAGGCUUCAACGAGACAGGCUCAAGAGCUCAUCGAUCUUGCCCUUCGGCAUGUGAGAUUGUUUGUGGUAGUCGACGCCCUGGACGAGAUACCCGAGCAAGACAACAAAAGACAAGAAAUCCUAGAUUGGAUCGAGCAAGCUGCGAAUGCUCGGAAGAAAAUCAAAAUCUUCGCCGUCAGUCGGGUUUCUGGCGAUAUUCAAUCGGCGAUGAUCGCUUCACGCGCUUUGCACAUCAACAUCGGUGGAUCUGGUUGCGAUGCUGACAUCAAAAAAUACAUAGUCGAGGAGCUGCGGCUGGAUCGGCGGUUUGAAGGGCUGAGCGAUCACUUGAAGGAGCGCAUCGAACAAGAAUUGAGCUCAAAGGCCGAUGGAAUGUUUCGAUGGGCCUAUUGUCAACUUGAGAGCUUGAAGAGGCUUAAAUCUAAGAGACCAGCAUAUAUUGAGCAGACUCUUAAGGGCCUUCCCCUCACUUUAGAUGAGACGUACGAGCGAAUGUUGGCUCAAAUCGACCCGAUGUUCAGAGUCGAAGCUUCGAAGGCCUUGAGAUGGCUCUCAUUUGCCGUCACUCCUUUGACAAUGGCACAACUCAACGAAGCAUGCCUCAUCGAUCUCGACGACGACGAGCUGGUCCAGGUAGAGAAUCGUGUACCGUGCCAAGAAUUGCUGGAAAUUCUUGGAAGUCUCAUCUUGAUCGAAGGCUACCCAGUCACCCGACUUUACUCCCACGAUGAUCCCGAUGGACGGUAUUGGUUUCACGAUGGUUUGCGGGUUCGUUUGUCACAUUUUUCGGUUCAGGAGUAUCUCGUCUGCAACCGCAUCAAAGAAAGCAAGUUGUCACAAUUUGCCCUCCAGCCCGACGACGGUCGUACCGUCUUAUUGAGAUAUACCAUCGCAUAUCUUGAAUGCUGUGUACAAGCGAUGCAAGAUGUGAUGCCGGAAUCACUGGAUUCGCCUUUUCGACCAACCCUAGGAAGACAAGCUUUGUUUUAUGGCCGGUACCCUCUAUUCCGAUACAUGGCGUUUGCGCUAGCCACAUACCUGUCAACAGAUGACGAGACAAUUGUGCAACAGGCGAUGCCCUUGCUCAGAGCUGGAGGGUUC